ACCAUGUCUUGCUAGUAAACCCUCAAAACCACCUCCCAUCGUAAAGAUAAGGAAAGAUCGUAGACCUCGACAUGUCAUAGUCCCCUCCUGCCCAGACUAAACAAUCCUCCAAGCCAAUCCCCAGCACUAUACAGCAUAGCAGACGUGAUCAGAGCCUCCCAGCCACCGCGAACAUCACAUCUCUCACAGCCCCGAAACACCUCCACAGCGACGUAAGUGGGCGGCGCGCGGAAUCGGCACUACCUUAGCUCCGCACCGACCAAUCUCCCCACAAGUGUUUCUAAAUUCAGCACCAAUCAGUCGUCGCCAAGAGCGAAAACCCAGCCUCAUAUCUGCCAAGAGAUGCGAUUUGGGUGGCUAUCGCCGAUUGCUGCCAUGGUAACGGACUUCCUCGUGCUGGGACCCCGCUAUGACGAGUGAACUGUGGGCGCGGCGGAAGAAGAUAACGUCAAGGCGGGGUUGCUGGGAUACGGUAUAAGAUAAAGGCUUUGGGUGUGCUGGCUUGUGUGAUGAUAUUGUCUUAUCAAGUGGUGCCUUUGGUUAAAAACAUUCGCUGCUCCAGAGGGAAAAAAUAAUUAAGAGGAUUUGACAAAGUUUUUUUCUCAAGACACCAUCGUUUGGGUGGUUCGGAUCUGACUCGAGGACUUCAAAGAACAAAACACAUUUUCUGCAAAAUUUGUGGACAGACACUAACUCGACAUUCUCAAAAUGCAAUUCUCCAGCCGCAUCACACUCGCCCUUGUCGGCCUGGUAUCAAUGGUGGCAGCACGCCCGGUCAUCUGUACAGAGAAAACCCUCGACGGCAUCCUCCUCGGCCAUAUGCCUAAAAACGCGUGCUGCUCCUACGGCUCCUGCGUCGGUGACGUGAACGUCUCCGGCGGCUGAACAUCGCCACGUUAAGAGAAUGAAAAACAAAUAAAAUACGGAAAGAAAUAUACAUCACAAAAUCAGCAUUAUAACGGCGUCAUAUUAUUGACUCGGGAGGGAGGCGUUACGAAAUCAACAGCGUGUAUUCAGUCAGCGGAGUUUUUACCGGAUAUUUUACACGGAGAGGGGCAAGGCAACAUGGAAAAGGGGGGGGGCAAUGGACGCAUAACGGAGUCACGGAUAAUACGGAAUAUGGGAAUUUAGAAUGGCGGCGGCGGAAUAUGGGAGAGUGCUCUAUAUGCCCAGUUGUGGCUUCAGUUGGCACCCCAUGAGGUAGAUAUACAAAUCACACAAUACGAGCAUAUCAAUAGCCCCGAGUGGCUUCAACCGCAUUCGUUCCUGUGCAGCUUUAAGUGUGAUAUUGGGAUUGGUUACUCGGUUCGUAGCGUUGAUGUCGU